CGAGGCCCACAGUGCCCACCACAGUCGCUGCUCGUCGCGCGCCCGAACCAGACGCGCCGCUCAGCGCGCUCAGCGGCGCACAGCGAGCCUCGUGCCGCGAUCCACAAUGCGAUCCACGUAAACACAGAAACAUUGUGUCCUCCGCGUAAACGCACCGAGCGAGUGAGCUUUGACGCCACCGCAAGACACUUGGGAUAUUUCGUCGUUGAGCGAAACGCGUGUUUCGCGCGAGUCAGUGUGCAGUGCAGUGAGUGAGUGACCGUUGUGUGUGUGCAAAACAGCCAACUAAGUGAUUGUUGAGUGCAACUCAAACUGAUAACCUCGCCUCUCCGGAUGGAUUACACUUCACCCCUCUGCGGAUUCAUGGAGGAUCUAUGAGAUUAGUCCCCAAUGCUGGGAUACAGCACGUCUUACAGGGAGUGGGUGGGUCCAUCGGGCCCCUCGGGCCCCACGGGCCCCGCUGCGGGCGGCCAGCACAGCCAGCAGCAGCUGUCCGUGGUGACGACGGUGUGGGGCCAGCAGCAGGCGAACCAGCAGCAGGGCGGGGGGCUGUCCUCGCCUGGCCCCAAGCAGUCGCAGGCGUCGGGCACCACCGCCCCCAACACGGCGCCGACCACCACCAGCAGCACCACUAGCUCGACGCCGUUCAACAACGUGUAUCGACAGACGCCACCGUUCAGCGGCGCUCCUCGACCAAGAGCUCGGCCUUCUGUCCGCAGGGCGGCAGGGGCUGGGGCGGCAGGGCCGUCUGGGCCGGCGGGGGGCUAUGGUCCCUCUGCCGGAAACUCCGUCGGCGUCCCCGCGGCGGGGACCGCGGGCGGGCCGGGGGGCCAGGGUGGCCCCGCGGGCGUUGGGCCCAUGAGCGCGGGGGUGGGGGCCGCUGGCCAGCCAACCUCCGCGCAGAACGCCGACUCCCCGCAGCAACCCCCGGCCCAGGGGCAGGCGGGCCCGGGCGGGCCGUCCGGGCAGAUGACAUCCGCCCAGCAGCAACAGCAGCAACAGCAGCAGCAGCAAGGCCAGCAGCAACAGGGGGCACAGCAGCAGCAACAGGGGGUUCAGCAGCAGCAACAACAACAGCAGCAACAGCAGCAGUCCUCGCAGCCCGGCCAGCAGGGCCAGCAGGCGUACUCCUCGGCGGGCAUGGUGUCCAGCGCCACGCCCACCUCCACCGUAGCCGCCAUGCAGCACGACAACUCCAACCAGUUCUCGCAGAUGGGCCACGGCAUGCAGCAGGGUGGACCGGGCCCGGGAGGCCCGCAGCAGUACUACGGCGCCCGCGGUCACAUGGGCAUGGGCAACAUGGGCAACAUGAACGGCAUGAGCCCCAUGAACUCCAUGGCCCAGAUGGGAAUGAUGGGUCAGCACGGCAACAUGAUGGGCAACAUGGGCAACAUGAACAGCAUGGGCAACAUGGCGCCCGGCAUGAACAACAUGAGCCACAUGGGCAUGGGGCCGAACGGCAACAUGAACCACAUGGGCAUGGGCAACAUGAACAACAUGGGCAUGGCGCCAAAUAUGGGCAACAUGAAUAACAUGAACAGUAUGAACAGCAUGAACAGUAUGAACAAUAUGGGCCCUGGAGCAAUGAACAAGAUGGGAAUGCAGAACCAGAUGUAUCCCCGUCGACUUGCGCCCUACCCAAGCCCUGCCAUGCACAUGUCUCAGAAAAGGCAGGCCCCAGCAUACCCCUCAGGCCAGCAGUAUCCUGGCUACACGGGGAGGCCCAACUUCCAGGGGCAAUACCCUCAGCAGUCCAUGGGUCCUGGAGGCAACAUGGGCGUAACAGGAAACAUGGUGCCCAACGCUAGCAUGGGACCGAACGCUGGAAUGGGACCCAACUCUGGUAUGGGCCCUAACUCUGGAAUGGGACCUAACUCUGGAAUGGGACCUAACUCUGGAAUGGGACCAAACGCUGGCAUGGGGCCCAACGCUGGCAUGGGGCCCAACGCUGCUAUGGGACCGAAUGCUGGAAUGGGGCCCAACACCACCAUGGGACCUAACGCCGGCAUGGGUCCCAACGCGGGGAUGGGGCCUAACGCUGGUAUGGGACCCACUUCUGCCAUGGGUCCUAACUCCGGCAUGGGGCCCAACUCUGCCAUGGGACCGAACGCUGGAAUGGGACCGAACUCAAGCAUGGGACCCAACGGCGGUAUGGGGCCCAACGCUGGAAUGGGACCCACCGCCAACAUGGGGCCCAAUGGGUCAUUCCCCAACGCGGGAGUGCGCGCCAUGAGGCAGGCCACCCCGCCUUACACCGCAGCUAGUCAAGGAGGCCACCAGUACUUCAGCAGUAGCAGCAACAACCUUCCCUACAUGAAUCACCACAACGGCAGCUCUGCGCAGCCCUUCUCCAACCACCUCCAAGGACCCGGCGGGCCGGGCAGCUACGGUGGUGCUGGCACGGGCGCGGCGGCGGUCGGGGGUGGUUCCACAGUUGGGUCGAGUACGGUCGUGCCUGGGCCGUACUCUGGUGGGGUAGCGACAGGCGCAAUGAGUUACCAAGGGAAUGCUGGCGGCAACAACCCCAGCGUGGGAUCUAGUGCCGGGGUAGGACCCGGCGUGGGGGCGAGCGUGGGGUCGUCACCCGGAGUGGGACCCGGUGUGGGGCCUGGCGUGGGGCCCGGCGGCGUGCCUGGGACAGGGCCUGGCCCUGCCUCGGGAGGCCCAGGACCUUACACGUCAGGGUCAGGGGCCAUGAGUUACCAGCAUAGUCCAAUACCUGGCAAUCCCACCCCACCACUAACACCCCAACACCCGGGCUCCAUGCCCUACGCCAGCCCUGGCGGCGGCGAUGUGAAACCAACGUUACCCAUUCAAAAAGAUGAUGAGCUUAGGCUUACAUUCCCUGUUCGAGAUGGUAUUAUUCUUCCACCAUUCCGUCUUGAGCACAACCUUGCUGUUAGCAAUCAUGUUUUCCAAUUAAAACCCACCGUUCACCAAACCCUUAUGUGGAGAUCAGAUUUAGAGUUACAAUUAAAGUGCUUCCAUCAUGAAGAUCGGCAAAUGAAUACAAAUUGGCCAGCAAGCGUGCAGGUCUCUGUCAAUGCCACCCCUCUUUCAAUCGACAGAGGUGAAAAUAAAACAAGUCAUAAACCAUUAUACCUAAAAGAAGUCUGCCAGCCAGGAAGAAACACAAUUCAAAUUACUGUGUCAGCAUGUUGUUGUUCCCACCUAUUUGUUCUUCAAUUAGUCCACCGCCCAAGUGUUAGGAGUGUGCUCCAGGGUCUGUUAAGAAAACGCCUCCUUACAGCAGAACAUUGUAUUUCUAAAAUAAAGCGCAAUUUCACAAAUGGAGGAGGUGCACCAAGUACUGGCACCGGCACUUUGUGUUCAGAUAGAGAUGGUGUAGAACAAACUGCAUUAAAGGUAUCAUUAAAAUGUCCAAUCACUUUUAAACGUAUCACAUUACCAGCACGUGGCCAUGACUGCAAACAUAUUCAGUGUUUUGAUCUCGAAUCUUAUUUACAAAUGAACUGUGAACGGGGCUCCUGGAGAUGUCCAGUUUGCAACAAACCUGCCCAGCUUGAAGGCUUAGAAGUUGAUCAAUACAUGUGGGGCAUUCUAAAUACACUAAAUUCCUCUGAAGUUGAUGAAGUAACAAUAGAUUCAGCAGCAAACUGGAAACCAACAAAGAACUUACAACCGGGUAUCAAGGCUGAGGAAGGAGAAGGUGAUGCUUGUGGAGCCAAGAGACUGGGUAAGGCUGUGUCUCCAGGCAGCAUGACCUUACCAACCAUGAAUAACUGGGAUAAUACACAAGCAAUGUCACCUUACUUACCACCUGACAUGAAUAGUAUAGCCAGUGGGUCCAUGAUGAGCAAUAAUUCCUCUUUUAAUAGUAAUAAUAACAAUAAUAAUAUGCAAAGAGGUUCCGGAGGUCCUACAAGUGGAAGUGGUCCUGGCAGUAACUCUUAUGAUUAUAGUGGUAAUGGCUCAAAUAAUCCAGGUAGCAAUGAGUUCAACAGCCCAGGAGGACCAUUGUCACAUCUUAGUGAAUCUGUAAACUCAUUAGAUCCCUUAAAUGCCAUGGAAAAGAGCUUAAGUGAACAAAUGCCCCAUACACCUCACACUCCACACACUCCCCACACUCCUCAUACUCCAAAUGGCCCUCCAAGUGUACCUCCUCCUGGCUCAGUAGACAACACAUCUAGCACAGCAAAUAAUAGUGCCAAUAAUUCAGCAACUACUCUCACAGAUGCUGACAUUCCGUCAGAUCUUAAUUUUGAUCCAGCCGCAGUAAUUGAUGGAGAAGGAACAGGCCAGGAAGCUCUGAAUCUUCUCCCAGAUAGUAUGGUGGACCCAAUGGAGCUAUUAUCGUACCUGGACCCGCCAGACCUGGCAACACCACCCUCAUCUGGUGCCAGUAGUAAUGGCAACAAUGUCAAUACCACUUCUGAUGACAUACUGGCACUAUUUGAGUAGAUGUCAGAUUCCUAGCCUAGACAGCAUUCUGUGAUCAUAGACUUAUGGACCCUUUCUCAAACCAUCUAUGCACUGGCAUUCUGGCCCAAAGAUUAAAACUUUGAGCAAACCUAAUUUGUUAUUGAGUGUCCAGUGCAAAGACAACAAAGAGAGUAUUUAUUUAUUAUUAAAUAGUAAUUUUUAAAGAGAAGAGCAACUUUUAUGAAAUCAAAAUCAAGCUAAGAUGAAUAUAGGUGAAUGUAUUAUCAAAAUAAUAAUAUUAAUUAUUAUUAUAUGAAAGAGUUCCUUUUGCAAUGUAUUGCUAGUGUGCGAACAAAGUGAUAGCAGAACAUAAGUGUUCUUGCAUUUUUGUUUUAAUAUAAAGUUACUAAUUUUAAAAAUGGAGAGUUAACAACUGUCAAACUUCAAAUAUGUUUUAGUGACUGUGUUCCUUCAUACAAAGACUAUGUGACAACUGAGACAACAAACCGUACAGUAUGUGGGUGUCACUGCCAAUGUGGAAGAAGACAAAAUGAAUACUAGGUCUACAUCAAGGGUGCCAACAACUCUGUAUCAUGUGGACACUGCGGACCAGUUUUCUCAUAGGUGCAGUCCCAGUGAGAAGCAUUUGACUGUCAAUGUCGAAUAGACGUCUAUAUAAGACAUCUUUGGUCUAAAAAUCUACUUCUGACGUCUUUUCGACCGACGUCACCGUUUCUCACUGGGGAGGUCUGAGGCAGACUCUUACAACAAUUAUCAGAAGAUUACCAUUAACAGCUUUGCCACUCCCCUGCUCCUACGGACCAAUGGAACCGCACCAACCAUUUCACUCUCCAUUAGUUUCUGCUUCUUUGAUGACAUCAAUAACUUCCUAUUGUAUGAGAAAAUUGAUAAUGAUAUAGAUGGUUUCAGUAUCUAUGCUUUAAAUAUUGAAGUAUCAGUGCACUUUCAAAUCAAUAUGGUGCUACAAGUUUUUAAGUGGUCCACAUUAUCACACUUCACCUUAAAGCAAGUGUGUGGCAUAGUGUUUGUAGUGCCUUUUACAUUGCAUUUAAAUUAAUCAGUAGCAUUUCAGGCUAAUGUGACAAGUGUUUCCUUCUCCUUUAAAAAUACAUUGGAACACUAGUGGAUUGGAUAUCAGUAUUCAAUAGCCUUGCAUUACAGAAUAGUUAAAUUUUUUGGAAAGAGCUGUCAGGGAGUGUGAUGUCAAUGAAGUUCUUUUGCUCGCAUGUGAUUCAGGAAUCUGAAUUCAUAAGAAAAUACAAGAUUUUAGUUUGGCACACAAAAGAUUUUAAGUCAAUGUGAUGGAGGUAAAUCUUUCGCUCUCCACUUUGCAAUAUUCAGUCAUAAUGACAUCUAUUCCCCACUUGGACCACCCCUGAACUGACCCUAAGUUGAACUCAUGAAAUGUAAAAAAAAUUUGAUUUUAUUUUAUUCAUUUGAGUCACCCCACUCUUCUCCUUUCCAAAUCUAAAAAAGAACAAAAAAUUAUCUAUUCAUUUUUAAAAGACAAACGUAACAUCUGGCAGUGACAUACGCAAGGUUGUCAUCAGAAGACUGACAGGGGCCUUGAGUGAAGCGUCCUGGCUUAACCAUUGUGUUUUAAUGCUUUAGCAGUUCAAGUGGGUUCAUGUUAGUGAAUCACCUUUCGCGAACUGCUUAGAUUUGUCAAUUUGUUUUAUCAUGGAAACAGAAUUUUCAUUUUCCUUAUAAGUUAAUGAUUCUCAUGUUAUUUUACCUCAGGAGAGCUGCACUUAAUUUGUUGUUUACAUAUUUGUGGAAUAUGAGGACAUGUUGGUUCAUUGUAUCCCUGUCCUGAUCACAUUUUGAAUUAUUCCAAGAUCUUUUUAAAAAGUAAUCUGCAUUGUGGUUUGCAAGACAUAUGAUUGCCAAAUUCUAAAGAAAUUAUCUGUGAUACUUUUGGUUUUGUGAAAUUUUAGUAACAUAAGAGUGCUGUUUGCAGAUAUAUUUGUUGCCAUUGUUAGUAUUGUAUGAGCAAAAGAACUUCACAGCAAUGUGUCUAUUGUGUAUGCAUAUUAUAUUUUAUUUGUGGUUUGUCCUAGUGUGGUGUAGCACAAUACAUGUGAAGGACAGAUUUGUUUUAUGUACCUGACAGGCAGAUGUAGGGAUCAAAUUUAGUUCAGAGACUCCUCUGCUUUUCAUCUGCACACUUUGUGGUGGGUGGAAAGAGAGUUUUUGUGUCUUAUAUGGCCAUCUCUUGUUCCUUUUCUAUUUUGAUAUCAACCUUGUACAAAAGUUUAAAUUAGAGUCAUCUUUUCAUGCUUUCAUGUUCAUUAUUUCCCCCCAACAAAUUGAGCCAAUCCAAAAGAAGCUGUAUACCUAAAAAGAAAUCUGCUCUGGACCAUGUUUUGUCAUGAUUUUGAGUGGAGUACUCUUUUUUGCUCUGUCAUUUUCAUACAUUUAUUAGAAAAUACUGCUCUGACUUUAGGGUUGAGUAUAUGAACAAAAGGGCUUCGUAAUAAAAUUUUGCUGUCUUCUGAGGAGGAAACCAAUUCUUUUAUACCAUCAGCUUUCAAAUGUAAGGAAACCAAUAAGUUAUUAUUGACAACUUUAUCAAUUCUUUUCAUAGUAUUUUAAAACUAUCCCUGUAACCAACUCUGCGGUAUGUAUGUGUUCAUAAGCAUUCCAUUUGCACCACAUUGUGACAGACCAUAAAGAAAAAUCUGUGAGACCCUGGCAAUCAUUUUUGGAAUAAUCACAAAUCAUUUUGUAUGUGUUGUCCCUGGAUGUUUUGCACUGAAAAGUGCAUGAUUAAGUAAUAAAGAUAUUCUGGUCAAUCCUUUCCAUUUAAAACCAAAUUUAUUGAUUUCUGGUAAGACAAUGCAAUGGGUGCAUUUUAAAUUACAAGUUUAACUGUCAUGUAUUUGAAAAUGUGCUUCAAACGAGCACAAUCAAGUAUUUAUAAGCAGCUGAAAUUAAAAAAGAUAUGCUCAAUUUUACUUGCCUAAAGGUCAACCCAGGUGUAAAUGAAUUGAAACACUGAGAAGUGAUUUGUGAUGAAAUUAGAGUCUGCAAAUUGUGUGAAUGUGUGAAUGAGUGUGUGUAUGAAAGUGUCAUGAUUGAGAGUGGUUUAUUUCCAAACCACAUUUACAUUGCUCUUGCAUUUUCUUUAAGAUUGAAUUAGAAAUAGGGUGUGCAUGAUUAUCAUGCAUAGUCUACACUUCCAUACCAGCCUGUAGAGAUUUAUAAAAGUUUGCCUUUAUUUAAUAUGAAUGCGGCAUUGGCCAUCUUAUUACUGAUUUCAGUACAAAAGAACCAAAAUUUUAUUCCCUUUCUGUGGAAGGCUGCGUUAGGUUACCAACAGUUUCAAAAUGUGACAGAGUACCUUCCACUGUAAUUAUCAUUUCCAUGCAGUACCAAAUUGGUUUCUGGCACAUGACUGCAUGCUAAAAUGUGAAAAGUAAAUACAUUGUUAACUUUAAUCCAAAUUGUCUUCUUUGAGACAUGCUGGGAACAAUUUUACUUCUGGUUUUGGUUUUGGAAUUUACUCUAUUCUUCCAGUCCUGAAGAAUGCAAGCUAUAUGUAGUUUGGUACCAAUCAACUUCUCCAACCUUCCUCUGCUUGGAAUGGAGAGACACUAGCCAAAAGAAACUUAUGUGUACAUAUUGUAAAUGUAUUGUCAUAUUGUGAAAAUGUAAAUUCAGCCAAGAGAUGUUUUUGUUAAUAAUAAUGAAGUAAUAUUCUGUAUGAUUUGUAACUGACUGAAAAGGAAAUAGAUUCCAAAAUGUCCAGAAAUAA